AUGGGCGAGGACCACGAAAACGGCCCCAGCGAGGAGCAACCUCCCCCGCUACCUCCACGACCCUCGAUGGAAUCGGACGCGUCAAUAGAUUCGAGAAUGGCCAUGGCAGCCGCGACUACCGCAAUUACGCCUCUCGAUAUUCAGACUCUUUCCUUUCCAGAUGGCUCGCGCGGCACGUUCUCAACUCCUGGCAGUAGGGCAGUCUCGACCCCUGUGCAGUCCUCGACAAGUGGUCAGGCCACUCCGACAAGAACGUUGGGCGAAGGCGAAGAUUCUAUGAGCAUCGCCAGCUUUUCCCCGACCCUGCGGCCGCCCAACGACAUUGCAAGCCUGCUGAUGGGGGAAUUCAACAAGAAAAGCCCGGCAUGGAACCUACUCAGGUCCCAAUCGGCAACGGUGCCGCCCUUCGAAACGCUGAGGAUGGACAACACAACCCGUAAUCUGGCUGGUUUCGAGCACGAGUUCGACGACCUGCCCGACGAGGCCGACAGGAAUUUCCAAGACGAAGACCGAGUUGCCAUGUGGAAGGCAAAGUUGAAGCACUACAUGAUCCUUUCGUCGGCGGGCAAACCUAUCUACAGUCGUCACGGUGAUCUGGGACUAAUCAACUCGUCCAUGGGCGUCAUCCAGACCCUCAUAUCAUUUUAUGAAGGGGCUAAGAACCCCUUGUCAGGCUUCACUGCAGGAACUACGCGAUUCGUUGUCGCAACACAAGGGCCCCUCUAUUUUGUGGCCAUCAGUCGGCUCGGCGAGAGUGACUCUCAACUGCGAGCACAACUCGAAGCUUUGUACAUGCAGAUUCUGUCGACACUCACUCUACCCACGUUAAAAAACAUCUUCGUACACCGUCCAUCUUCCGAUCUUCGGAAACCGCUCGAGGGAACUGAGCCCCUGAUUUCGUCCCUCGCCGAUAACUUCACAAAGGGCUCUCCGUCAGCACUGCUGGGCGCACUGGAGUGUCUCAAGCUGCGCAAGUCUCAGAGACAUGCCAUCAACAAUGCCUUCCUCAAGCAGAGGACAGACAAGCUUUUGUACGGUUUGAUUGUAGCCGGCGGUAAGCUAGUCAGCGUUAUCCGCCCGCGUCGCCACUCUCUGCACCCGAGCGAUCUCCAGCUGAUCUUCAACAUGCUGUUCGAAUCAGGUGGGAUCAAAGCAGGUGGCGGUGAGAAUUGGAUUCCUCUGUGCCUGCCAGCCUUCAACAACCGCGGCUACCUAUACAUGUACGUCAGCUUCUUCGACGGUGUCGACGGCGAGCAAGCCACGGGACAGGAGACAUCGGCACACAAGGACGAAGAACUGGCCAUCAUCCUCAUCAGCCCGGAUAAGGAGUCCUUCUUUGAGCUCAAACAAAUGCGCGACAAUGUCGCCGCUUCCCUGGCCAAGUCGGGCCAUCUCGCUCUAAUCCAGACCGCCGCGCGCGCCGGACGGCCAAAGACCGCGGACAUUGCUCCCGGCGGCCAAAUAUCGCACUUCCUCUACAAGUCUCGUGCGAACGUUCAGUUCAGCAUGUCCGCCCUCGACCCCGUCUUUUCCUCCCUGAUUGCCCGCCGCCGCCUCAUGGGCCUCUAUCACCAACUCCACGCCGCCGUCCACGCGAAACACUCCCCCAUGCGCGUCCUCCAUUCCGUCUCCGAGGAUGCUACUUCCUUGGCCUGGAUCACUCCUAUUUUCGAAUUUUACUGCGUAGCCGGUCCCAACGUGAGCCGUGCCGUUCUCACGCAAGGCGCCAACAAAGUCAUUCAAUGGGCCCGUCGCGAGGAGGAACGGGUCUUUAUCAUCGGCGGAGGCGUCUUCUGA